UGGACACAGCCUUGACCCUUGUUUUGCAUCCUGAUAUAUUGGUAAGGCUUGUAUUUAAAUAUAAUGACCAACACUAAGAGAGAAAUACAAAUUAACUUAUCAGAAACUACAUAAAAAAGUUUGAUAUGUAAAAUGUUAACAUGAGGUAGGCCAAUUUAUAAACACAUGGUUAUAACCAUGUAGUUAAAUCUUGAAGUAGUUUGGCUACUCACUCGAUUGUUCCCUCUAAUAUCUCAAUUGUUGAUUAUUAAUCAUAGCUUUUUAUUUAUCAUUAUACUCGUUUUUAUUGCUGGUUGAUAUUUGAGCAGAAGCCUAUAACAUCAACCAAAACAAACCUGUCCCCGCUUUUCUAGAAGUUACGGUAAUCGGCGUCAUGCUACCGGAAAGGCCAUUGUGUUUUCCUCGUUGUAAGCUAACCCAUCGUUUGUGUUGCGCGUUUUCCCAACACACUCUGGAGUGAAACAUGUCCACGGACAUGCCGCCGGGCAGCCUGAACCUGGAGUCCCAGCUUCUGUCCAUCAUGGACGUGCUGGUGAAGGCGGCGGUGACUGAAAUCAGCCAGCUGUUCUCGGAGAGCUCCACGUCCCUCCGCAUGCACCUCAGCCAGAGCCAGAAGGAAAACGAAACCCUGAGGAUGAGGAUGAAGGUGAUGAGGAGCGAGCUGUUCUCCCUCCGGCUGCAGACCAGGACCAACCGGCCGGCCAGCCGCUUCUCCCCCAUCAGAGGGAGCGUCCCCAAACCACGGGCGAGAUCACAAGUUGUCAUUAAGCCACCAGAGGCUCGAAAGACUGUUGCAGAAGCUGCUUCUAUUUCUCUACUAUCAAAGAACAAGUCUUCCUCCUCUGCCACUCCAGUGAAGCCAGAUGUGGAGACUCCUGAUGUCAUCCUGAUCAAAGAUGAAGAUGAUGUUGGAGGAUGUGGCCCAGUUGGAGGUCAUGAUGACUUUGGAAACCAGUGUGCACAGGGUGGUGUUGACACAGAGGCUCAGAAUCUAGAGUCCUCCUGCCUGACAGGUGAUCAUGAGGAGCUGAGAAUCGUGAGUGUUCACGGACGAGGGGAAGGGCCUCUGCAGGAGGCGAGCGACAGCCUCUUCACCGCCUCUGAGCUCCAGGCUUUCAGCUCUCUGUCGCCUGACCGCAACGUCACCCAUGACAGCCUCCUGACUUUCACCGCCGGUGCCAAUGACGGAGCCCCGAUGAGAGGGAUGCAGGAUAACAGUGUUGGAUUGGCAAGAAACAGCCAGCUGGAGAGAAAUCACCUGACAGCCCUGAAUCCUGCAGUAAAAACACCAGUAGCAGCAGCUGAUGGUCACGUGGGUCAUCCCAGUCACGUCAGCCAGUUCCCCCAGCAGCAGAACGUCUUCCCUCACAGCAUCAACAAAUCCCUGGACUGCGGCUUCUGUGGCAAGUGCUUCCUCAGCCGCGAAGACCUGAUCGUACACCGGGCGACCCACACCGGGGAGAUGCCACUUCCCUGUUCCUUUUGUGGCAAGUCGUUCGUCAACAAGACCACGCUGACGAUCCACAUGCGCAUUCACACCGGGGAGAAGCCGUACGCUUGCACGCAGUGUGGGAAACGCUUCACGCAGAACGGCAGCCUGAAGAUCCACCUGAGGACUCACUCGGGAGAGAAGCCAUACACCUGCAACCAGUGCACGGCUAGCUUCAACAACCCCAGCAACCUGCGCAGGCACAUGAUCACACACACCAACGGAGUGCUCUGACCAAGUUCUGUUUAGCAUGGUUGUUCACUGACACUUGUGCCGCAGUGUGUAUCUGGGGGAAAUGUGUUUCCUGUGGCAGUGCCUCAUGGUCUUGUCCUUUAUGUGUAUCUGGUUUUGCCACUUGACAGGAACUUCUCAUGUGUCAAAUGAUCUCAUUAACCUACAAGUACACAGGUGAAUAUCUUAAAGAUCCUCCAGCAAAGUCACUGGACUGUUGUAGUUCAAAGUAAGGACAAGAAUAAUCAUGAUCUCAGUUCAAUGUAAAGAGCCCUGUAUUUUUUUAAUUCAGGAAAAACCAGCAGUAUGAAAGCAACUUUCCAAACCUUCAAACCCUUGCUAUGCUGUCCGAAAAGCAGACAAACUUCUGUGUGUUUUUGUUCCUUCUUGUUUUGGCUCACUGCCCAAAAUAUACAAUACGUUGAUUAAAGCAGAAGUAGACAGUUCUAGACUAUGGUGGUUGAUUAUUGAGUCUCAUUCCAAUACUUAAGGCUUUGUGUUGGCCAGCGUCCCUGUGGCUAAGCAUCAGUAUUGACGAUCAACUAUCUUUCUCUAAAACUGUCUAUGUCAGCUUUAAACCAUUAAAGUUGGACAGAAAUAUUGACAGUGACACUGAAGUUAACAUGUUACAGUUCAGGACUGGCAAUAUAUUUAAAAAAACGCGAAAGGGAAUGUCUGUCUGUUUCGUUAAUCCAGUGAAUCCAGCAUCCAGCAAGUGUCCAUGCUGCGUAACUGAUGAAGGUAUUUACAUUAAAGGGUCUCUAUGUAA